UUUUUUUUCAACGGAUCAAAUUAUUCAAGGGUUUUUUUUUUUUUUUUAUUUCUUUUAAUCAGCUUUGUUAGCAUUUUCCAGGGCUGAGUGUGAAGAUAGUUUUCAAGCAAUAGAGUUGUUUGUAUAAAGAGCGGUGAUCCACAGUUGAAAGCUUGAAGCUAAACUUUCAUGGCAAGGAUAAAGCCUCAGGCUCUGUUAAUUCAAAGCAAGAAGAAGAAAGGACCAACUCGGAUCAGAGUCACUACAAUUCUCUUGUGCAAUUUAAUUGUUCUGUUGAUUUUAUUCUCCUUAAUUGAUACUUACAGGAAUUGGUCUCAAAGGUUUGCUAUUCCAAUCUUAUACACGAUGCCAAUUCUAAUUCAUGCGAAAUUAAGUCUACAAAUCAAUCUUCUGGAAAAUGUUUUCAUUGUUAAUUGUAGGACAAGGGAGCAAACAGGAAUUGGGCUGUCAACUUUUGAGCAUGUUGAUAAAGUUGUAGAUUCAAACAAGUAUGAUAUUCCUGGAUAUGCUGAUCUAAAUACAUCAAAAGGAUACAUAACUUUAGAACUCUUCAAGGAUAGUUCUCCUGAGACAGUGGACAAAUUUCUGGACUUGUGUUCCUUUCGAUCUUUUAUGAAACCCUCUAGUACUAAAUCUGCUGUUGUUUUAGGGGAGUCUUACAAUUUUUCUUGUUGGACUACUGACCGGCCUUUCAAGGGGAUGCCUUUCCAUCAGGUGAUAAAAAACUAUGUGAUUCUAGGAGGACAUUCAAAAGGCCUUGGAGGCAUUGAAGAUUGGACAUCAAAAGGGAAGCCUCAUAGUCGGCUGACCACAAGGUCAUCUGGAAUGUACUUUUUCUUGGUCUUUUGUUGUCAUUCAGAUAACUUAAAAUCUUUUCUCAUAACUAACCAGACCAAAACAUGGAGCCUUUAUGCUUGUACUACAAAAGUUGAAGAAGAUAGCAAAGCAUUUCAGCUAUUUAUCACAACUGCACCAAUACCAGAUUUAAAUGAAAAACUACUUGUGUUUGGGCGUGUCAUCAAGGGUGAAGAUGUGGUUCAGGAAAUCAAAGAGGUCGAUACCGAUGAACAUUAUAGGCCUAAAUCUCCUGUAGUGAUCAUCGAUGUGAUGCCACAAAGGGGAAAUUUGAGGGUUUUCUUUUCAUAAUUGUAAAGUUUUGCCUAAACUCAUCAUGGCUUGAAGAAAUGUUCUUCUGGUCUACUUAUUUUUAUUUGUUUGGUUACAAAGAAGUGAUGUUUAGCUUUUGAUCUAGUAUUAAUGCAAGUACUUGUAAUCUAGAUGAAAUUGAAUUUUCUUCAA